UCGAGAAUGCGCCUUCAUUAUCUGUCAAAUAAACCGUGGCAAAAGUGGACAAAGGUUUCGAGUCGCAAUUUCAUUUAUUUACGCAAAAUGUCUGCAAAUUCUCCGCCUGGAAAGAGUGAUGGGGAUGACCCUGUGGAUCAGUGUGUGCCGAGCGUCCCGCCAAAUCCUGUGGAGAGCUUAGGAGCUCGUAUUAGGGACUUGGAUGUUGAUUCCAUUCGUCGGUAUUUGGCACAAAAACUCGGAUUUUACGAGCCGCCAGAAACAAGCGCGCCUGUUGAUCAGGUCUUGGAUGAAGUCAACUUAGACGGCAUUGUGAAAUGGAUUAAAAGUGAACGAUGCAAAAAUAUAAUCACUCUGGCCGGGGCGGGUAUUUCAACAUCGGCAGGCAUCCCGGACUUCCGUAGCCCAGAAACAGGUCUCUACCACAACCUUCAAAAAUAUGAUCUUCCGGAACCACAGGCUAUAUUUGAGAUAAAUUUCUUCAGACAGAAUCCCAAGCCAUUCUUUAUGCUAGCCAAGGAAUUGUAUCCCGGAAGCUUCAAACCAACAAUCUCACAUUAUUUCAUAAGGCUUUUACAUGAAAAAGGUCUAUUACUUCGCCACUACACCCAAAACAUAGACACUUUGGAGCGAGGAGCUGGCAUUCCUGAGGAGAAACUAGUGGAGGCUCACGGCACCUUCUACACUUCACACUGUCUCGACUGCCGCAAGGAAUAUAAUCUUGAAUAUGUCAAAGAGCGUAUAUUUGCGGAUCAAAUCCCAAUCUGCACGGAUUGCCCAGGCGUCGUGAAGCCAGACAUAGUGUUCUUUGGAGAGAGCCUGCCUGACCGGUUCCAACGGUGUCUGCAGGAAGACUUCCAGCAAUGUGACAUGCUCAUCAUCAUGGGUUCCUCGCUUGAAGUCCAGCCUUUUGCCUCACUUAUUGAUAUGGUUCCGGACUGGUGUCCCCGGCUGCUGAUAAACCGUGAGAAGGCAGGAGUAAGGUCUCCGUUACUGCGUCUGUGGGGAGUGAUGAGCGGAGGCCUGCAGUUGGAUGAGGAUGCUGUACGGGAUGUAGCCCGCCUUGGAGACUGUGAUGAUGGAUGCCAGGAUCUCGCUGAUAGACUCGGAUGGGGGGAUGAGCUUCGCGCGUUAGUAGCGAGCGACCACGCGCGUUUGGAUCUCGCUAAUGCUUUGUCUACGCCCCAUGCGUCGUGCGUGCCACCUACCCCGACACCCCUGCUCACACCGCCAGCAGACCCCAAACUAUGAGUACAGACUUAAACUUUAUUAGGUCUUUAUCUAUGAAAUUACCGAAAAAAGAAUGCAAUUUCAUCGAUAUAACCUAUUAUUUAUUACAUUAGUUAAACGGCCUGCUUCACUUAAUAACAGUCUAAAAGUAUAAUUAAUUAUAUUAUACAACUAUAGCUAUCUAAAUUGAAAUUGUUUAUUGACCAUAUACACCAAUAAAAUAAAAAAGUACGAAAUGUACCAUUGCUGAUGAAUUUUAAUUCACAUCUACUAUGACAAAAUUAUUAUAAAAUAGAAAUCUCUGGGAUAGAAAAGACUGUGCGUAUUAUUUUUAAUCGAUAAAUCACUUCUUAGUUUUUUUAUUUAUGCUUAUGGAAUGUAUAUGGAAUUUCAUUAAUAAACAGUGAAGUAGGCCUCAUGGGUAACUGGAUUUUAGAAUGUAAACUUUUGUUUUCAGUCAGAUAUGAGUUAAAUAAAUAAUAAAAAACAAUAUUUUCCUUGCUAAAGAGAAAAUAUUGAACGAGAAAAAAUUGUAAACUGACUUAAAAUCCAAAAAUAUAAUGCUUAUGGAUUUAUUUUUUUAAAAGAUCCAUAAGAACUAGGUACUUACCAUAGUUGUGAUCGAAAUGGACUUAUCAUUGACAUUUUUAAUUUAUUGUUUUUAUUUUUAUUCAACAUAAUUAUUAUUCCAGAUUGAUACAAAUUAGAAAAGUAGGUAGAGAGGCUGUAGGUAUACCUUUAACUUGUGCCUCAAAAAGUAAUUUAUUUACGGUUUUUAGUUAUUUAUUUUUUAUUUAUUGCAGUUACAUUUUGGGUUAGCAGUUUUCAUGGAUUUAAAUACGUUUUAUUUGAUAUUGCAUGUUGUUUAGUUUCGACAUUAAUAAGUUACCAAUAGGAAUGGGCUUCCCGACUUAACAACAUCCAAAUUUUUAUGUAUUUAGUAGAUUUCCGAGUACCAAUUUUUUAUAGGCUACCAAAAUUUUUAGUGGGUUACGCUGAAAUAUUGAAACGUCACUGAAUUUUAAGUCGCGCUUAAAUAUAGUUCAGAGGCCUUAGUAGUUUGUUUUAAGUUUAAAGUAUUCGUAACGAGUA